AUGCAUGCAGUUGAGUCUGUCGUCGCUUCUCCAAGAUAUGUGAGAAAUGGGAAUCAUGAAAUGGAGCAAUAUUACGGUUCCAGCUGCAGAAGAAAUAAAUAUCCUUCUAUUCCAAAAUAUCGUGAUUCGUAUUAUACAGAUAGAGUUAGUUUUAUCUCCUGCUCGCCUCGUCAGAGAAAUUCACGGGACUUGAGUCUUUCAAAUUUAACAGGAGCUGGCUGGCGUAACAAUCACGUAUACGAAGAACCUUCUGUACUACCGAACCCGCGUAGUUUUCUCAAUCCCGACAUUUGUGCCUCAUAUAACUUUCCUCAUAGAGGAAGUUCUCAAAAUCUAGGCGGUUAUUCAUCUUCUGGAAGACUAAGAAUAUUGAAUCAAGCACCAAAAAAUUAUUUAAGCCCAUCCAUUUUAAGCCUUAAUAAUGGAAGCUGUAAUAGAUCUCUUCGUGACUUGUAUAAGUCACCAGAGAGGCAAAUAAUAGCAAAUCGGUACUCCCAUUUAACUACAAAAUCUCCGAAGUCCGGUCCUAACAAUGACUUCAAAACGUCUUCCAAUUCCAACGGCUUUGACCGCGAACAAGAUAUUCAGCGACGACAUAUUUUCGGGACUGCGCUAAACCGUGACUGCAGGAUAGAGUAUAAAGUCGCAUCACCAGAACACUCAGAAGUAAACCACUAUACUAUUUCUCCAGACUUGGUUAAUGGCGGAAGUCUGAAAGUAGAGAAAAGAAGAGAUUUCAAUCCAAAUAAUUAUAAUUCAUUAGAUCACGAAGCUUCAGGAAUAAUUCACGUAAAACCCCAUCGUUUAAGGAGAACAAACGACAUAGAACCGAAUGGCAAAAUUCAUAGUGACUCUGUACAUAAGCGGUUAUCGAAAGUCCUUCAGCCACAAAAUGAAAUAUCACAUGAUGGUUCUUGCUGUAUGUCAGGAAACCUUGCUGUCACUUUGUAUGGAUCAAAAUUGACUGAAUAUGAACGUAAAGAAAUCCAGGACUAUCCUGAAGUAUAUUUCCUUGGUCUUAGCGCUGCUAAAAGAUAUCCACAUACAAAUUCUAUAAAUGAUCUGUCUUACAGAAGAGGUAAUAUGGUUUCGUCAAACAACGUAAAUGGCUUCGAUGAUGCACAAAGCAGCUAUAUUCUUGUUUCUAACGAUCAUUUGGCUUAUCGAUAUGAAGUUUUAAAGCCAUUAGGCAAAGGGAGUUUUGGCCACGUUGUCCAUGCAAUAGAUCACUGCACCAAACAGCAGGUUGCAGUUAAAAUUGUUAAGAGUGAAGCUAGAUUUACGAGACAGGCCGUUGAAGAAAUUCGAAUACUCAAAGCUCUCAACGCUCAGCAAAAUGAUGGGGAAUACAAUGUUGUGCACUUGCUGGAUCACUUUAUGUUCAGAGGUCAUGUAUGCAUGGUGUUUGAAUUACUUUACAUUAAUUUGUAUGAACUUAUCUACCGUAACAAUUUCAGAGGUUUUUCUCAGUCUUUGGUGAGAAAACUGACCUAUGGGAUUCUCUGUUGCCUAGAACUGUUAUAUCGGAACAAAGUAAUUCACUGUGAUUUGAAACCAGAGAAUAUCUUACUACGACGUGCAGGAAAGAGUAAAAUCAAAGUAAUCGACUUUGGAUCAAGUUGUUAUAUUAAUGAAUGUCCAUACAAUUACAUACAAUCACGUUUUUAUCGUGCACCGGAAGUUAUUCUUGGUCUACCAUACGGUACACCCAUUGAUAUGUGGAGUUUGGGAUGUAUUCUGGCUGAAUUCAUAACCGGGGAACCAUUAUUCCCCGGUGAAGAUGCUUCUGAUCAAUUGGCUUGUAUCAUGGAAAUUUUGGGCCUGCCUCCAAUGCAAAUGAUUAAAAAAGGAAGUCAAAGUCAUCAUUACUUCAAUAGUAGUGGACAACCUUUGUAUAUGAUUGAACAACACCAACAUAUUUACGGCGGAAAUGAACAAACGGACAAAUUACAAGAAGCUAUAACCAAUCUAAGUAAAUCAUUGAAUUCUUCAAGUAAACUUAAACGUAGUAAUGGUAAUAAACAUCACAAGAUAAGAAAAUCCCCUGGUUCUACAAACUUAAUUGAGGCAUUGACAAAUUCGAAAAAUUCUUCUGUCUGUUUACCUGUGGGUGAGACAUCAAAUUUUGGUCAUAAAAUACCGCAACCAUUAGAUCCAGAUAUGAUUGACUUUUUAAAAGGAUGUUUAAAAUGGAAUCCAGAUGAACGAAUGAAUCCAGUUGAAGCACUUCAACACCCAUGGAUCAGAAAAAUGCCAUCGUUUACUGCAUCAAGUAUUGGAAGAACAAACAGUUUUGCUACAAGUCGUAAUGCCUAUAACAAUUCAGAUUCUUGUUAUACUAUCAAUAAAAGUAAAUUCAACAGUUUUUCCAAUUCACCAAGUAAAACAAAUUCAGACACAGAUUUUGUAGCCAAUAUCCUUGGUGUACGUACACGAAAACCCAGGCAAAAUCCAUUACGUAUCUCUCGAAAAUCUGAAGUUCCGAGUAUUAUGUCUGACAACUCUUCAAAACCGGUUCACUCGUAUCGUCGAUAUUCAUUUGACCAGAAUAACAGCAAACUGUCAGAUUUAUUCGACAGAUCAGUCAAGUGUACUUCAAAUCCAAAAUCUCCAGAUCGACUUAAACAUCCAAGUCUAGACGGCUCUUGUAACACAAAGCAGUAUCGCAGUUUCUUAAAUAAUGGUCAUAAUGGGAACACUGUCAUUAAUGAUAACGAUGAUGAGGAUACUACUGAUAAUAGUGUAUCUCCCCGUAGUGACAUUCACAGUCAUCACCGUCGUAAUCGCCAUCAUCAUCGUCCAAGUAAUAAUAAUAACAAUAACAAUAAUACUCAUCAAGAAACAGAGGAUAGCAAUGUAGAUUCAAAUAACAGCUUGAUAGAAGAUGAAGAUAUCAUCAACAAUUGUAACACUCCUUCCAUGAAUGAUCGAAUGAAAAUUAAUGAUGACAGUGAUUGUAGUGAUAUCAGUGUUAGUGAUGUUGAACAAAACUGCCGAAAUUCGGGCUACUAUGACAAUGCUAAUAGUCAUAAUGGUAGUGCUAAAAUAAUACUUUUUAACGAAGACAAAGUUAUACGAGUUCCACAUAUAACAACAGGUGAACAUGACAUAUAA